UCUUUUUUAUCCCAUUCCCAUCUCACACGUCUCGUUUCCACCGCCAUUUAUUAAACUCUCUCUCUCUCUCUUAUUUCUUUGUUCCUAAAGGACAAGAACAAAAACAGGAAGAACAGAGAUUAGUAGUAUUAGGAGUAGCAGUGUGAUUAGUGAUUACCACAACAACAAUACAAUAACAACAACGACAACAUUGGAUGGCAGCGACAACUACAACAACUUUCCUCAAACUUCAAAACCAGCCCACCAAGCCCAAACGACGCAAGUAUCGAGAAACGACAAUCUCAGCUGCCGCUUCUCCAAACCACACCCAAACAAUUCCUCAUCGUCGCACUCCACAAUCCCCUAUAUGUUCCCAAACCCCAUCCAACCCUCAACCACCUGCAUUGCCCCAAUCACCCUCCUCCACCCACACCAUCCCAUUCUCCCCGAUAAUGGACUUCACCCACUCCUCCCCCACCGCCAACGGCCACCACCCCUCCCACCCACAGUCCCACGACUUUCCCUCCAGCUUCUCCAAGUUUAACUCCGCCCUCACCGCCGGCCUUUUGAACCCAAUGUCCCCCCCGCCAGACAAGACCCGAUCCAGCCCCACGCUCUUCGAAAUGAUGGCCAGCGAGCCCGAUGUCCACCACAGGCCCACCACCCACAUCCCCCCCACCACCGUCUCCGCCGCCGCUGCUGCGUCGUCGCUGCACAAACCCCAGAUUCUCGAUCGCCACGCCCUCAUGAUGCAGCGGAUUUCGGACCUCUUGGGGUCCCGCAGCCCCGGGAACCAGUUCAACGAUGCCGCUUCCAGUGAUAUCAAGCUCACGCUCAGCUCCAAAGACGGAAUCAGUGUCUCCAUGAACGUGCAUCGUCAAAUCCUCGUCGCGCACAGUAGGUUCUUCUCGGUGAAGCUCUCCGAUCGCUGGACCAAGCAGCAGCAGCAGCGCUCGCCGGUUCCCUACGAAGUUGAAAUCGCCGAUUGCGACGAUGUGGAGGUUUACAUCGAGACCUUGAGGUUGAUGUAUUGUAAGGAUCUUAGGAAGAAGCUCAUGAGGGAGGAUGUCUCCAGAGUUCUCGGUAUCUUAAAGGUUUCAGCUGCCAUUGGGUUUGAUGCUGGGGUUUUGUCUUGUUUGGAGUACCUGGAAGCGGCACCUUGGGCCGAGGAUGAGGAAGAGAAGGUGGCAUCGCUCCUUUCCGAGCUUCGUCUUGAAGCGGUUGGCGCAGGGGAGGUUUUGAAGAGGGUUUCAACUGAUGCUGCUGCCAAUGGAAAUGAAGAGGGGAGUGAUAAUGAGGAGGUUCUUCUUAAGCUUAUUCGUGUGGUUCUCGAAGGCAAGGAUGAGAAGGCCAGGCGUGAGAUGAAAGGGUUAGUGUCGAAGAUGCUGCAUGAAAAUUCUUCUCAGAAUGAUCUUCGGAAGGAGUCGCUGUACUUAGCAUGUGGUGAUUGUCUGCAGUUACUUCGUGACCACUUUUUGCAGGCUGCGGGUUCGCAUUUGCAGGAUGUGAGUCAAAUUGCAAGACAAGCAGACAAUUUGCAUUGGAUUUUGGAUAUUUUAGUUGAUAGACAGAUUGCUGAGGAUUUCCUGAAAACAUGGGCCUCUCAAGCAGAUUUGGCUGAAGCUCAUUCUAAGGUGCCAGCAGUUCACAGGUUUGAGGUUAGCCGAGUUACAGCAAGGUUGUUUGUUGGGAUUGGCAAAGGACAGUUGUUGGCUUCUAAAGAUGUCAGGUGUUUGCUUCUAAAAACAUGGUUGGUGCCCUUUUAUGAUGACUUUGGUUGGAUGAGGAGGGCAUCCAAGGGGCUUGAUAGGCACCUAAUUGAGGAUGGUCUUAGUAACACUAUUCUUACUCUGCCGCUCUCUUGGCAACAGGAUAUUUUGCUUGCUUGGUUUGAUCGUUUCUUGAAUUCCGGUGAAGAUUGCCCAAAUAUUCAAAGAGGGUUUGAAGUUUGGUGGAGAAGGGCUUUCUGGAAGAGAAAUGGAGAGCAAGAACGGACAAGACAAUUACGAAUUACAACUACAUCGGUUGAGAACCCUUGAAGACAGAUUGUUCCACUGGAAGAAUUGGAAGUAAAUUAUUGGGUACGUUACCUUUUUGUGCUUCUUGUGAUCAUGUCUAUUUGAUUCUUCUACGACCUGCAAAUUCAAUGGUGUGAAAUAUGUAGUUAGACUUGAUGCCUUCAUGCUCUGGCUAGAAGUUAGCACUGUUUAUCUUCACCACCUAUUUUGUUGGAAAUAACCAAAGAGAAACGGGUCGUUUAGUUUGAGUGGGUGCAUGGAACCUCUUUCCUUUUCUCACUUCAUAUCUGUUGUAUGAUUGACACUUAGGUCAUCAGUGAUUUUGCUCUUGUCUAUAGAAUGGAUGACAUUCCAAGAGAAGGAACUGACAAAACUGGUUAUGUAGUGUACCUAAGACAAAAUCAGUUUUUAUUUUAUCAAUGACACAGCUCCAACUUCCUCGUAUCCAUGUAGUGUAGUGACAAGACAUGCCUAGCUUCUUUUGUAAUUUUUAAUCUUUUAGGUUCCAAAAUACCAUUUCUGAUAAAAUUUUUGACUUGUCCGAGUCAAGUAUGAAUUAAAGUUCAUGUGGUUGACUAAACAUUAGAUUUUCUUCUAAAAAUAACUGUUGUAAGCAAGGGGUUAUUGCAUCUGUA